AUGAGCUCACGCAACUACAUUAAGAUUAUCCAGGUAUGCUGUGCCACCAUAUGGUGUCUCUUUUCUGCUGGUAUCAUAUUUGGGUUUGCUGCUCUAAAACCUAUCCUAAUUAGUGAAGGUGUCUAUUCUGAAGUGUGUGUUAAUGAACGGAGAGCAGCAGAACCACCAAAUUCGAGACCUCUUUGUGUGGCCCAGGAUAUGAAAUUAAACUUAAUUUUUACAAUAAGUGCGGCUCUGACAAAUGUUAUGGCUCUCCCUGUUGGUUACCUUUUGGAUAGAUAUGGUCCCCGAAUAAGCGCCAUUAUUGGAUCUCUAUUUUUGGCCUCAGGAUCAGCCGCCUUUAUCUUAUCAUCACAGCUUCUACCUUAUUUUGAUCCCUAUAUUACUGGCUAUGCGCUUUUUUCAAUUGGAGGUCCAUUUGUCUUCAUUUCUUGCUUUCAGCUGGCGAACACAUUCCCCAAAAGAUCAGGUUCUAUUCUUGCCCUUAUUACAGGGGCAUUUGAUUCAUCGUCAGCAUUAUUUCUGGGAUAUCGGGUAUUUUACCAACAGAAAGAUUCUUCUUUUGGAUUACAAAAGUUUUUCACUCUCUACCUUUUGGUUCCACUAUUUAUUCUAAUAUGCCAAUUGACCAUAAUGCCCCAUCAAUCAUACCCCUCAUGCGGGGCUGUUGCAAAACUAUCUGUUGAAGGAUUAGAUGAAUCAGGCCAUUUACUAGAAGGAGAUGAUGGAGCUGCAAUCUGCCCUGAUGACGAAGAACGCCAAGUCUUGAUAAACGAAUUUGAUGAAUCAGAACAAUCACAAAUUGAGACGGAAUUACCUAUUAGAAGAAAAUCUGUUUUGGAAUCGUACGUUGAAGGAAAGCUGGAGAAAAAAUCAGGUGGCGUUUUUGGUGUACUGCAUGGCAAGACUGUAGCUGCUCAAUUGAAAAGUCCGUGGUAUUAUUUGAUGCUGAUAUUUUCUGUUAUAUCAAUGAUAAGAAUUAAUUAUUUUAUUGCUACUAUUAGAUCCCAAGAAGAGUAUUUACUGGGGGAUAAAGAUGAGGCGUUGAAGCUAAACUCAAUCUUUGAUGUUCUGCUUCCAGCUGGAGGUGUUAUAGCCAUCCCGUUCAUUGGUUUUCUUCUAGACCAUGUGACCUCUAUUAUGGUGUUAUACAUUCUUUCCUUCCUAUCAAUUGUGAUUAGUAUUCUUGGCUUAAUCCCCAAUUCCUUUUCAUUUAAUUUGUUAGGUAUAUUAUUAUUGGUGGUAUACAGGCCGUUUUAUUAUACAGCUGUUUCAGACUACGCAACAAAGGUUUUUGGUUUUGAGACGUUUGGAACGGUUUAUGGUUUAAUGAUUUGCAUAAGUGGUAUUUGUAAUAUGGGACAGGGCUUGUUAGACAAAUGGACACAUACUACUUUCAAAAUGAACCCAACUCCAAUAAAUAGUAUUUUAUUGCUUGUUACAAUAUUUUCUUGCGGCGCUUUACUUGCUUUUGUUACUCGCACAUUACAUUCAGAAAAUAUACAGAAUUCUUUCGAAGGAAAUACAAGUGCAGGUAAUUCCGAUACUGAACUAACUGCUAGAUAUGAUAGUACUUAG